CUGCCCUCCCCACGAUCCAAUUCUUCUUCACCUUUUCUUCUCUAACUUUCCUCCUCCUCGUACAUUUUAUUGAUUGCGGUCUCCUACAAAUACUAUAUAAUAGUCAGCUUCUUCAGCAACUAAACUCUCCGUCCCCCCACCGCUUGUAUUUUGCCUUGCCCUUGUUAGCCUCGCCCCCCGUCCACCCCGAUCCACUUCUCGCCUCAGCUACCUACUCCCAAACAUCAAUCAACCUCCCUCCACGGUAUCUGGCCAAAGUUUGGAGCUUCAACCUCUACUCGCCGCACUACUCAACGCAGUCUACACCCUACAGCCUCUACGAAUCUCGCAAAUAUGUCCGUCGAAAUCGAUCCGCAAGAGCUCGGCUUCCACCGCCCCUUCACAAGGGAGGUGUCGCAAGUCCUCAAGAUCAGGAACCCGAAUCUUACUCCCAUUGCAUUCAAGGUCAAGACUACGGCACCAAAACAGUACUGCGUCAGACCAAACUCUGGCAGGAUAGAGCCGGGAAAGGAAGUCGAGGUUUCAGUCCUCCUACAGGCCAUGAAAGUCGAGCCACCCGCCGAUACGAGAUGCCGCGACAAGUUCCUUGUGCAAUCUGUGGCGGUCACCGCUGAUAAGGAGUUCACCAACAUUUCCCAGAUCUGGCAGCAAAUCGACCAAGCGGAGAAGUCGUCGAUCCAGGAGAAGAAGAUUAGAGUCGUCUUCCUUGCGGAGGAGAGCGCCGGCCUACCAGCUGUUUCUACGCCUCUUAGAAACGGUGUGAACAGCAGUCUCAACGAUACGACCCCCAAUACGGCUGCUCCUCUUUACCACUCCCCAUACCAAGAAGAAUCCACGCCUCAACGAUCGGCACCCCUCUCCGAAGCCACCGGCAACAGAUCAGUCUCUGACUCCAAAUCCUCACAACUCAGGGCCGAGAGCUCCCCGCUACCCGCCGAGCCAGCCGCGUCAAAGGCCAAUGCCAAGGAGAACAUCAAGGCGAUCCCAUCCGCCGUUUCCUCCGCUCUCCCCAACUCAGUCGAGGAGCUCAAGGCUCAGCUGUCGCAGGCCCAAGCCACGAUCGCCUCAUACGGCCAAGAAGGCGGCCUGAGAUUACGCAAGGCCGGCAACGCCCUAGGCGCCGACGAAGUCGUCCCAGCAGCACAGGCAGCCAUCAGAACUACAUCGCAAGAGGGCGUCCCCGUCCACAUCACCGCCGCGCUGUGUCUCCUUACCUUCCUCAUCGCCUACUUCUUCUUCUAGACUGAAUAUACCCACAGCGCGUACCUGGCGAUCCAGCCCACGUAUCGAGGAGUUCCGGGGCGAUGUGAUGUGACGAUGGAGAGGGAAGGCGAUUGUAGCAUUUUUCGAAACCGUAUACGCGCGCAGACAAACAGACAGACAGACAGACGCUACGUGCCUUUUUCGGGGCGUGACGACUUGGGAGAUAUGAAAAAGCUGAGGCUGCGGAAGAGGGACGUCAUGUCAUGUGUCCAUUACACAUACCCACAGGGCGUGCUUUUGGCAAGAAAUCACUACCACUACUACCGUGACGAGAACACAAGAUCAGCUCUCUCUUUUUUCCUAUUUAUGUACUUUUAAGGCCCCUACGUACAAGAUGGCGGGCGAGCGCGGUGGCUGGGGGUACUGGUAAUGCGUCCACAGUACGUUGAAGGCCCUGCGUGAGCUUCGUGGUUUCUUACAUACCGGCUCCAAGUUCCUUUUAUAAGUUCUUUCGCACCACCACCACAGCAUACUUUUUUUUUAGGUUCUUUUACGAGGAGGAGGCGGGGGUUUCAUGAUCAUGGU